AUGCCGAUGCAAGUACCCGGAUACCACACCAACACCUCUUUACAUCCGUCCUUCGACAAAGACAUCCGUGGCCUUCACCUUCUAUACGACUACGAUGCCGAGAGCGCCGAUGGCAAACCCGAGAAGUGGCGCUACGAGAUGUGGUUUUACUCGGAGAACCGCAUCGUGUAUUCGAUCCAUGGCGGCCCCAUGGCUGGUCGUCUCAACUACCAGACCGCCGCUUUCCAGUGCAUUCGCCCGGGCGAAUUGUGGCAAUGCAACUGGCUCGAGGAGACCGGCACGAUCGUGUCGCUCGUCUACGACAUCCUGAACCAGAAGAUAACGACCAUGAUUGGGUUCUCCAAGGGCCACUGGGACCACCCUGAGGAAGCCCACGGCGACAAGCGCAACCCGGAGGACUUUGCACGCUGGCGCAAGCUAGCUGAGAUCGGUAACAACCGCGAUCGUCUCAUUCUGAGCGAACAGGCUAACAUCCUCGAGACGUUCAGGGGAGCUGGCAACCUCGUGCCAAUCGCUCUGGACGCUGAGACUCUGUAA